AUGGACACCCCUGCUGGUUGGCUUCCAGUCGAGCUAGUUCAUGAAAUCCUUCUCGAACUCGACCCAGUCAGUCUUGGAAAGCUGCAUCGAGUUAAUGCCCGCGAUAUUUGCGCGUCAUGCAAGCUGCAAAGUGCGCCUCACAUUUCUCUAUUCGACAGCUAUUUGCAGAGCUAUGCCACCCCUGGUGCCGGACAUGUACUGAUUCUGGCCCUUUUAUUUACAUUCCAACAGUAUCCCGCUCAUGCUGUCGCUGUAGUCGUAUCCGAACCCCAGCACCAAUUGGCUUCUCUUGUCGUCCGAUUCCACAUGGAUCUGUCGGAGGAAGACAUCAGAUCGCUUCCAAACAUGCGCAUUCACCGGCUGAGACAUGAAGGGAAUUGA